AUGUCAAAAACAAGAAAACAAUUGCUUUUUGGUGGUUUUGAGACUUUCAUCACUGGCAUAACAGCUCACCGAGUUGUAACCUACCUCAACUGUCGGGAACCAGAUCCAUCAUUUCUGGAGAGAAUUCUUCAAGUUAUUGGCUUACAAGAGGUUCCCGCUGCAGUUUGCCCAUCGUCUGAUGGAAUCAUAUUUGUCUUCAUUGGAUGGAUUGUAAUACAGUUCAUGGUUGUUAUAGUCUACAGAUAUUGCUCGAAUUAUGGGAAAAGAUCGGUGACACAUCGCCAGGGUUUCCAAAAAUUUGUUGAUAAUAACACUUCUACCUGCACCUUGAUCAAUUGCCCAGACACUACCCCUGAAAUUGCCUUUUCUGAAAUUCCUAAAGCCGUCUCGGUAGGAACUGUUAAAGAACAAAAUAGCAAUGUACAUAAUUGCUAUGAACAAAUUUUCAAUUCAGCGAGGUCAGUCGACUAUCCAGAAAGUUCGAAGAUCAAUGCUCUUGAACAAGUUUUGGUGGAAAAACCGAGCGAAUCGUCACUCGAGGAUGAUGGUUCAGUGCCUGUCGUCAAUGAAAGGAGUGUCAGCGAUGAUGAUUUGUCAGACUCCUCUGAUGAUACAGAUGGUUAUACUUCAGAAGAUUACAGUAGCGACACAGAUCCGGAAGUUGAAGCUCUAUGGUUGGAAUCAAUAGAAGAAAAUUCCGGAAAUUCCAAAUUAUCAGACAUCGAUGAAUCUCUGAAUGAAGAAAACAAUGCUCCCAAUGGUACAAACAUUGCUGAGGAUAUUUCAUUUGAGGAAAUGGUCAAAAAUCAAAUGCAGAAUUCUUCUGAAUCCACAAAGCUAAGUAAAGCAGAAGAUUUGCCGAAUGCUUUGGAGAACAAAUCUGUUGACAUACCGGAAGACACAGAGCACCUAGCAAGCGAUGUUGAAUUGCCUGAUGGAUCGGACACUACCUCGGAGUCUGUGUCAGAAACGGAGGACAUGGAUGGUAAUUUAUCCGACUCCUCCGAUGCUACCAUUUGCGGGUAUUUGUCUGAUGAUGACAGUGAUAGCGGCGUAGAUACUUGCUCUAGUAAAAGCAUGCAAUUAAAUUCAUUCGAAGAUGUUCCCACCAAGAACAAGUUUGAUAAAGGAUUCAAUAGGAAAGGCAGAGAUGUAUUACAAUUAGAGAAUUUCAAAUCUGACUUAUCAGAAGUGUAUCUUUCCCAGCAGAAAUUAAAAUCACUUUCAUCUGAUACCAAAGGCAUGGGAACAAUCCAGAAAAUUGAAAAUGCGAAGAAGAAAGGAUAUGAAUUAUCCUGUAAGAGCUCCAUCUUAGGGUGUAUUGGAGAUUCAACUAUUGUGCCCGCUUUUGAGAGUGCAAAAUCCAUUGAAUGGAAGGAAGAAAAGCAAGACAUUUCUUUAGAACUUAAAGAUCAACAACUUCUUGAUGGAUAUUCGUUUGAAAAGGCAGCAACAACACCUUUUGAGGGUAAUACAUGUAUCUCUGAUGCUACACAGGAUAUCGAAAAUAAAGUCGACACAGAAGAGAAUUCCAGCGAUGAUGACUUAUCGAAUUCUGAUGAUGAUGUUGAUAUAGCUGAAUAUGCUGCAGAUGAAAACGAUAGUGAUACAGACCCAGAAGUAGAGGCUCUAUGGUCGGAAUUAGUUGCUACAGAAGAAGGUUAAAGUCCGAAAUUAUCACGAGUGUUGCAACCACUCACUCAGUUAUUAGAUUAGAAUAUGGUUGGGUUAAAAAACCUGGUGAUGAUGCAAAAUAAAAGCUUUGGACUUUGUGGCAUACAAGAAGCAUACAAAAUGUGGCAUCUUUGAACUGUUCCACAAUUGAUCCUUCUCAUACAUGUACAUUAGGUCACUCUUAUGUAGUGCAGGAAAAAGGAAGUGUUCUAUCUGGGUGCUCAGAAUAAUGAAAAAUAUAUCAGUGCCUUGUACACAUUUUAUAUUAUUAUGUUCUUUGUGAUAUGUUACAUGAACAAGAAAAAAAAUUCAUUUCUUUCUUAAAUUUAUGUAUGUUUUUCCGAUAAUCGCAUACCGGAUUUCUGUAGCGGGCGUAAAAUUUGACGUUUUGCUUGCUCAAAGGUAUGCCAAUAAUUUUUGCGAAACUUUU